UUACUGGGGAUAUUCUUAAAUGUUUAACAUCUAUCAAUACUUAGCUUUAGGUUCGUAUGUUCUUUUCUAUUAAGUUCCUUGCUACAUCUUUCAUACAUACUGUAGUGAAAGGUUUUUUCCCCCACUCUCUCCUACACCAAAUCUUUAUAUGCCAGGUGCAUUAAGGUACAAUCAGGUAGUAGGUUUUGAACCAACCUGAAUCUGAACAACUGCACAAACUAGAUCAUGACUAAAUAUAAGUGAAAUUAAUAUAUUGUAUAUAUAUAAUACACGUCUAAUACUUUAGGAUUAUAUGAUCUUUAUUUUUAUUUAUACAAUUUGAUAUUGAGAAACGAAGAUUUUUAUCACAAUAGUUCUAACUGAAACAUGGGCGAAAUAGACAGCAAAAGUGUACUGUUGAAAUCUAGAUGCAAAUAUCCUGAUCAACCAUAUUCUACAAAUAGUUGCAAUGAAGAUGAUAAUGAUCACGAUUGGUGGGCAAGCGACAGUGGAUCCAGCACAGGAUCAUAUUAUUCAGACACCGAUAGUUCCGUGGUUGAAUGGGAAUCCGAGAUCGGGCCUAGCGGAGAAGUAUUCUAUGUAGAAUCAGCGGUGGAGAGUUUGUUCGAAGAUUUUACAAUUUUUGACAGUAAAAGUGACAAUCCUCAACCUGAGUUAACGCGUCGCCGUAGUACAAGAGCUGGUAAGCUGUUUCGACUUAUUAGACGUAAGGAAAGCAAACGCUGGAGUACAAGAAAUAAAAAGAUUAACAGCAGCACAGUGGCAUGCAACAUUGUUCCUCAGGAGAAAGAUGCAACUGGGAGCAAGGAAGUCACGUUUCGUGAUUUUCAGGCAGGUGAAAUUCGUGACGUUACACUGUGGAUUGAUCCUGAAAGAAGGCACAAGUUGGGAAGAAGAGCGACCUUAUGCGAAGCAUAUUUUGGCAUUACACCAGGUAUAUUUUCAGAUAAAGUAAGAGUUAUGGUAGCUGGAUUUAUACCGGACGGUGAAGCCAUGAAGAACAAGAAUAUAAAAAUUGGAGACUGGUUGCGAAGCAUUAAUUCCAAUAAUGUUACCUCCCAAAAUUUAGAUCAAAUAUUGUCUGAAAUUACUACACCGUCAAACGUAACGUUAGAAUUGCAAAGAGUGGCUGGUGUGGAUGUUACUGCUAAGCUAUCUCGAAUAAAUGAACCAAAACAAUCGACAUUAGUCCAAUAUCUAGUAAAUAAAGAAAACAACAAUCUCUACAUGGAAUCCUUAUUAAAUUAUCCACUGGGUGUAAUAUAUUUAAAAACAGCGGAUCUUUCGGAAAUGGGACAAGAAUUGCAGGGUGUAUUGUACACAUUUCCGCGAUCUGAAACUAAAAAUGUGUAUUCCUCUUUGUGCACAGCAAGAGGAGCUUUUAUAACUCUUAAUCAUUUGUUACCCAGUAUAACAGGCCCACAACCUGUCAGUACAACUGUCUACAUAGGUGAAGAAAAAAUGCACAUUGUAUAUACAUCUCACGAUGAUGAGUUGCUUUUGAUAGCUUUACCUGAGAGAUGGUGUACCGUACAGGAAGCUGUAAAAAUUACGGAAGAUGUAGUCAGAAUGUUAGAAUUCACUUAUCAGUCGCUGACAAAGUGUUUCACUACUUCAGAAAAUCAGUCUUCUUUGGAUCAUUUGUUUAUAUUGAUUAUGCACAGAUUAAUAAAUAUCAAAGAUUCGUCUAACGAUAUCGAGGCCAAGAAACAUAUGGUCGAGCCACAAAAUACUGUAGAAAAUACGGAAAAUUACAAAUUUAGGAGUGCUUUCUCAGUGGCAAAUUUUAUACAAUUACCUAGAGAUGCACAAAUUCAAAUAGAUGCUGCAUUGAGUGAAAUGGAAGCUAUGGAUUACAGAGAUUGGAACGAGGAUCCGAUGGAUUGUCAGAGGCUAUAUACUAUAUUAGGUAGCUGCGUUUAUCAUAAGUGUUACCUUUUGGGAUCUCAUUUACCUCACGAAGACUUAAUCGAUGUACAUUCGUUUCUAAGACACAAUGGUCUAUUGAAUCUGAUGAAUCAGGAACAGAUAAAAUGUCUCGUUUUGUGGAAACAAAUUUAUCCAUCAUCCUGUAAUCGUGGCAACGUCAGUGGUAACGACAAUGAUCAAUUAUUAAUACCUGAUGGGAAAUGGUUUUUAUUAGUUGUUGCGUAUGGACAUGAUUUGUUAGCAGUUCUGUUGGAGUCUGGAGGAUGUACUGCAAAAUACAACGAUGCGAUAGGUCCAGAUGUAUUUUAUGUGGAAGAAGCCCAAGAAACAUUGAAGCAUAUACAAAAGAUAGGAGUCACAACUUUAGCUUCGAAGUGGAUUAUGUCUAAUACUAGGCCAGAAGUAAUACCGUAUGAGGAACAUAUAAUGACGAAGUCUUCAUCCAGUAUAACAGAAAACCUAUUUAGUUUAAUAAAAUCGUCCGAUGCACAAACCGCAAUAUCUAAGCAGAAUUUUAAUCCUGCUACUAACAAAAAGCCGCAAGAAUUGCCUUCUAUCUUGAAGAAACGUAGUCCUGAAGAAAGUCCUAUGAUUUCGGGUUCCGUGUAUUCCUUACAAACGUCUGAAGAUUCACUCAGCCAAGGAACAGGUGGCAUUAGCGAAAUGAGUGAUGAGGCGAUGCCUAUACUUGGAAGACGGGCAACUAGAGAAAAAAUCAACUCUACAUCGAGAUACUCCGACGACAGUGACUCAGAUAUCGAUAUAUACAAGAAUGAUAGUCACGUGCUCGCAUUAGAUAUAUCUAACAUACGAGAAAACUUAUUAAACCAAGCUGAAUAUUUAAUACCAAAAAAGUUAACUACAGGUGAUAAAAAUUAUCUGUAUCAUUAUGUACAUUUAGAUAUGGUAGAAGGAAUUCUAUUGUCAUCGAUACCUAUUCAAAAUAUGUCGAAGGAUAAUAAGAUCCUUGCUAACUUCAACAAAUGCGUGCAUGCUAUCCAUAGAUUAUUACAUAAUACAGUGAGAUUUAAAAUGUUGAACCAGGAUAUGGAUAAAACCGUUAUCAAUAGAAGUUUAAUCGCCGUUAAAGAGCAUGGUGUACUAUUUGAGUGGGAAAAUACAGCUUUCUGGGUAAUUGGACGGCUUUAUACAAGUCCUCAUCCAAAGGAAUUAUACAUAUGUUAUCAAGACUCUGCGCCUCAAAAUUUAAUUGAAAUAGCUUUCCAGUUGCAUAAAUAACAUUUACAUUUUAUUUUUAUUAAAAAUAUAUUUAUUUUAUGUAACAUUGGUAAUACUCAACAAUCUGUUAAUUAACAAUAAAUAUGUGAAUAAAUUUUACAAAAAAAUUAGUUUUUAUUUAAUGUUAUUUACGAACUUUGCAUUGUAUAUUUUAUUUGUUU